UAUAUUUUUUGUGUAUCGUACAUCCGGUUCUUUCGCAAGGCCCAUAAAAAGCGGAAAGACGCAUGCAUUUAGACGAACACGAUUACCCUUAGGUGAUUUUCCACGUUUGUGAUUAAAUAUCUGCCUUGGGGCUCAAAGAUGGGAGCUAGCACCUCCAAAUCUCCUUCUCCACUCGAACCUCAAGACGACUUCACGAAGAUUGACAACUAUACUGGAAGUUAUAAGGAUGGCAAGAGGCACGGAUAUGGGGUGUAUUAUUUUGCAAAUGGGGAUAUUUAUGACGGCCAGUGGAGGAAGGGACGAAAGGAAGGCUAUGGAAAAUAUGUAUUCGCUAAGGGAGAAAGUAAUAUUGGCUGGUUUUACAGGGAUGAAUAUGUUGGCAAAGAGCCAAAUAAAAAGCUUAGACGGAAAAUGAAAAAGAGAAAUAUGUCUAUUGAUGAGGAGGGACCAGAUCCGAUACCUAGGGACUCUUCUCUUGUCCACACGGAAACUACAAACAUCCAAGGUGCUGACUCUGAUAAAGAAGAUGAUUCCAUUCCCAAAUUGAAAGACCCUACUGGACUAGAUUUUCGUAGAGCAGAGAGUGUAAGGCGGCAAAAGUUCUACAGAGCAAAAUACAAUAUCCCAGAUAAAAACUCACCUGGAAAUGGAUGUGAGGCAAGAGACUCAGUACGUGCAAAAUGGGGCCUAUCUCGUAGCAAACCAAACUCCAAUGCUUCAUUCAAGGACAAAAGCAAAACCUAUGCUAAAGACCCGAAAUUACUUACAGCAGAGGAAGAAGCGGAGGAACGUCGCAAAAGCAAAAGGUUACGCGAGUCAAUUAGAGCAAAAUACAAAUUGCGUUCAUAAAUACUUAUAAAAGAUUCCUCAGUUAGCUUCCCUUUAGGGCAAUUACUGGUGUGUACCUAGGAUUUACUAAGGUCGUGGCAAUAUAACAUAUAUUCCAUAUUCACAAGCUCCAUAAUUUGUCAGUUCUUCCAUAAGAAAAUAUCACUUUUUGGUUGUAAGGGCACAAUACAAAGACAUAAUAAAGCUGAGGGGCAUGUCCAUGCCCACUACUGGUCAUUUCUUUAGAAGUGAAGCAGGAAAAGAAAACUUGGAAGUGGGGACAUAGCUCCGCUUGCCCCUACAGGUGUCACAACCCUGAAUGAAGGGUGCAAGUCCCCUGGGACCACUACUUGCCUAACUUGUCAUGCCAGUUUGAUGAAAUUCUUUGAAAUCUUAGAUAAUAUAAAUAUUUGUUGUCCAUAUCUUUAGGGUGCAGCAUUAUAAUAAAUAAAAUCUUAAAGGAUUAUAUUUUUAGAUGAGCUUUUUGUUGUGUAUUCCUGACGGUUCAUAAAGAAAAUUAUAUAAAAAAGUAAAUAAAAGCCCUAAAUAGCCUGC